GCUGAAAAGGCACGUAAACCUAGCACAAAGAGAGAGAGAGAGAUGGGUCGUUCAAGUGAGAUUGUAAUGGCUAUGUUAUUGUUGAUGGCAAUGGUGAAACUCAUCCUGGUUGAGGGAAAUGGUGGGCUUCAAGACUGUAGCUUUAAUCAAAGGAAAUGCAAAUCAGGAUUCGACAAGGCAUCAGGGUUGGGUCAUUUUAUUCUUGUUCAUGGUGCAGGCCAUGGGGAAUGGAAUUGGUUCAGGCUUAAGCCCAUACUUGAGGCUGCUGGCUAUAAAGUGACCACCGUUCAGCUUGGCACUACACUCACCACCUCCCUCAAUUCAACAGAAAAUAUUACAUUUUUGAAAUACUCAAAACCAUUAUUUGAUGUAAUGAAAUGUAUAGACCACCACAAGGUUAUGCUUGUUGGUCAUAGUUUUGGAGGGGUGAGCAUAUCUCUUGCAACGGAGAAAUUCCCUAAGAAGGUAUCUGUAGCUGUCUAUCUUACUGCCCUCAUGCCAGAUACAGCACACAAGCUUUCUUAUGUCGUCCGUGAGUUUUCGAAGGUUCCAAGAGACUGGAAGGACAGUUGCUCAUUUACUAGUAGGGACAACAGCUCAUGGUUUUCCUUCGGUGACAAGUUUUUGAAGUCUUCGCUCUAUCAAUUAUGUUCUCUAGAGGAUUUUGCACUGAUCUCUACACUAAAAAGGCCGGGCUCAUCUUUUUCUAAUGACUUGGAUAAGAUACAGCUUUCUGAAGAGAAAUAUGGAUCUGUGGAUCGAGUUUUUAUUGUAGCUAAAGAUGAUUUAGCAAUAACAGAAGAUUUCCAACGUGAGAUGAUUGCUAAUUAUUCAGUGAAGGAAGUGAAGGUGAUUCAUCAUUCAGGUCAUAUGCCUAUGUUGUCAAGGCCCAUGGUGUUGUCUGCACAUUUGUUGGAAAUUGCUAGAAAUUAUUCCUCAGCAUAAUGAUGUCACUCCUCCUAUUUGAGACCUUAUAUAGGGCUCGCCAUUAAUGAACCAGGGCUGCAACUUGGGUUGGGGUUAUGACUUAUGACCCAAUACAUAUCGCAUGUGCCUGAUAGCUUUAAUCCCAACUCUACUAGCUAGCUCUAUGGAUCCUAUUCCUGUUGGUGGAAACACGUUUCUAUAAAAAAAAAAAGAUUUGUCUUUGUGUGUGAGUACAUAUUAUCUGCUUUUGUUAUAGAGUAUAUACUCUCUCUCUCUCUCUCUGUGGAAUAUCCCAAACCCGAUGUAUCCCAAUCCCAUUAAAAAGAUGGGUAAUGGUGUAAAUUUCAGUUUAUUGGUAAUGGUGUAAUUCCAUCUUAUUAGCUUGAGUCU